AAGCCACAGGCUCGGCUUCACAGGCUUUGUUUUUCCUUCAGUUGAGAAGGUUUAUCCCAAGAGACAACCAGUGUUAGGUGAGACUUUAUGCAACGUGGCCAGAAAAUGUCCUCAAUGGAUUUUGAGAAGCUGAAGAUGUCGGGAGCGGGACGAGCGAUAGCUGUGCUGACCAGCGGCGGAGACGCACAAGGAAUGAACGGUGCUGUCCGUGCCGUGACCCGGAUGGGCAUAUACGUUGGAGCCAAGGUGUAUCUCAUCUAUGAGGGCUACCAAGGUCUGGUGGAUGGGGAAGACAAUAUUAAACUUGCUCACUGGCACAGUGUGACCAACAUCAUCCAGCAGGGUGGCACCGUGAUAGGCAGCGCCCGAUGCAAGGCCUUCACAAGCCGUGAGGGUCGGCUCGCUGCAGCCUUUAAUCUGGUGAAGAGAGGCAUCACCAACCUGUGUGUGUGUGGCGGAGACGGCAGCCUCACCGGAGCCAACAUAUUUCGUAGCGAGUGGAGCGGCCUGCUGGACGAGCUAGUGCAAAAGGGUAGAAUCACAGACACCUUAGCUAAGCAGCAUAACCACCUGAACAUCGUGGGCCUGGUGGGCUCCAUAGACAAUGACUUCUGUGGGACGGACAUGACCAUCGGGGCGGAUUCUGCUCUGCAGCGCAUCAUGCAGAUAGUUGAUGCCAUCACCACCACUGCACAAAGCCAUCAGCGUACAUUUGUCCUGGAGGUCAUGGGACGCCACUGCGGGUAUCUAGCCUUGGUGUCGGCGCUGGCAUCUGGUGCAGACUGGCUCUUUAUCCCAGAGGCUCCUCCUCAGGAAGGAUGGGAGGGACGCAUGUGUGACCGCCUGGAGGGGAGCCGCAGUAAGGGCUCCAGACUCAACAUCAUCAUCAUUGCUGAAGGGGCAAUAGAUGGACAUGGCAAGCCAAUCUCCUCAAGCUAUGUAAAGGAUCUGGUGGUGAAGAGGCUGGGUUAUGAUACCCGGGUGACUGUACUGGGCCAUGUCCAGCGAGGAGGGACUCCCUCAGCGUUUGACAGAAUACUGAGCAGUAAGCUGGGUGUGGAGGCAGUGGUGGCCCUGAUGGAUGCCACUCCUGACACUCCAGCUUGUGUCAUCGGCCUCGUGGGUAACCAGGCUGUGCGCCUCCCUCUGAUGGAGUGUGUUGAGAUGACCAAACUGGUACAGAAAGCUAUGAAUGAGAAGAGGUUUGAUGAGGCUGUCAAACUGCGUGGAGGGAGCUUUGAAAACAACUGGAACGUCUAUAAGCUUCUUGCCUUCCAGAAGUCUGCCCAGCCUCAGAAUGACCAUUCCUUGGCUAUUCUGAAUGUGGGAGCCCCCGCUGCAGGGAUGAAUGCAGCAGUGAGGUCUGCUGUGAGGGUAGCGCUUGCUCACGGACACAAAGUCUAUGGCAUCAGCGACGGCUUUCAAGGGCUGGCCAGUGGAGCGGUGAGUGAGAUGUUAUGGCACAAUGUGGCUGGAUGGACAGGCCAAGGAGGGUCUCUACUGGGGACAAAACGAACUCUUCCAAGUAAACACAUAGAGAAGAUUGUAGACACCAUUAACAAAUACAAAAUAUCUGCCUUGCUAAUCAUUGGAGGAUUUGAGGGGUAUGAGGGUGUCCUGCAGUUAUUUGAGGCCCGGAGUCGCUAUGAUGAGCUCUGCAUCCCCAUGUGUGUCAUCCCGGCCACCAUCAGCAACAACGUCCCGGGUACCGACUUCAGCCUGGGAGCGGACACUGCAGUCAACGCUGCCAUGGAGAGCUGUGACAAGAUCAAGCAGUCUGCCACUGGAACCAAGAGGCGUGUGUUUGUGGUAGAAACCAUGGGGGGUUACUGUGGCUACCUGGCAACCUGCACCGGUAUAGCUGUGGGCGCCGAUGCAGCCUACAUAUUCGAAGACCCCUUCAACAUCCGUGACCUGAAGACCAAUGUGGAGCAUUUGACAGAGAAGAUGAAGAAAGAUAUCCAGCGAGGUCUGGUACUGAGAAAUGAGAAAUGCCAUGAGCAGUACACCACAGAUUUCAUCCAUAGACUUUAUUCUGCAGAGGGGAAGGGUGUCUUUGACUGCAGAGUCAAUGUGCUUGGGCACCUUCAGCAGGGAGGGGCACCUACACCCUUUGACAGAAAUUUUGGCACCAAGAUGGGCGUGAAGGCCGUGCUCUGGCUUUCAGAGAAAUUGACUGAAAACUUCCGGCAAGGACGCGUGUUUGCCAACUCGCCAGAGACUGCAUGUGUGCUUGGCCUCAACAGGAAGGUCAUCUCCUUCAUACCGGUCACUGAGCUCAAGGAUGAUACCGAUUUUGAGCAUCGGAUGCCUAAGAUGCAGUGGUGGUUUAACUUGCGCCCAAUGCUGAAAAUGUUGGCCAAGUAUCAAAUUAGCUUCAGUGAAUAUGUCCCAGGAGAAAUUGAGCAUGUGACUCGACGAUCCCUCAGCAUGGACACUGGAUUCUAAACCAUCUCAAACCCUCCACUCCCCUCCAUAACCUCCAUGCCUUAUUGUAUAAAAAUUAUGUUUUGUGGAUCUUUUCUGUGUUUAAGACACUAACUUUUAAACCAGCAUUGAUGUCUCUUUAUAAAUGUUCAAUCAUCCAGGUAAGAAA